CCAAAAGCCCAUUAUCUUAUAAUUAGGCUCCCUAUUUCAGGAAUAUGGAAGAUUUUUUAUCGUUUGGUUCUUUUGGCAUUGUUUGUGACUUCACUACCAUUGAUAAGUUCAUCAUUUGUUUCAAGAAACCCUAGUCUUGAUGAUUCAACCUCAAACAUGAAGAUUCUUCCACAACAACAACUCAAUGAAUUUGAUAAUUCCAUCAACAUGGAUCAACUUUUAACCCUCCUCUUCAACGACCUAACGAACGAUGGCCUUGUGAAGAAAUCGAAUCAACACAAAGUCAUUUUCCUUGGAGAUGAAGAACAAGGGUUUCAUCAAUUUCAGAGUCUCAUUGAUCAAUACAACAUGGAUUUUAUUCCACUGAAUGAUGUGGCGAAACAAAAUUCGAUUCUUGAUGACACGGUUGAUUUCGUCUUCACGUCCAACUUCCCCACUUCCUCACAAUUCAUUGAUAGAACCCUAAAAACAAAUGGCAUUGUAGCGGUGGUGAUUCUUAAUGCGGACGGGUUUCGUAAGCCGUCAAACUACAAGGUAGUGUACAUGAGAAGAUUCGAGAAAGUAGUUAUGGCAAUGAAGAAAAUAGAAAAAACAAUCAGAGUAGGUAGCCAGCGAAAGCUGUGUGGAUACGCAACUGAGGCAAAGAAAGCAGCACUUCAGAAACUCGAGGAUGUUCUCCUCGAGCCUCCACGUGCUGCCUCGGGAAAAUCAAGAGUGUAUUUGAAGCGUACAAAAUAUUUACCUGAUUUGAUGGGUGACACCCUGGAAAGCUAUCCUCGUCAUGUUUUCAUCGACGUAGGGUUGCCAAACAAGGAUAGAGGUAGUGGAACAAAUUGGUUUUUGAAGAAUUAUCCUACAAGGAACAAGAAUUUUGAGAUGUAUAAGAUAGAGACUGUGGCCGAGGGUUCGAGCGCGGCUCAAGUUGAAAUGUCAGAUUGGUUGACGAAAAAUGUAAAAGAUGAAGAGUAUGUGGUGAUGAAAGCUGAGGCUGAAGUUGUUGAGGAGAUGAUGAGGAGUAGGGCUAUUAUGUUGGUGGAUGAGCUUUUCUUGGAGUGCAAGCCACAUGGUUUGAAUUUGAAACAAGGGACUAGAGGUAGAAGGGCUUAUUGGGAAUGUUUGGCUUUGUAUGGAAAAUUGAGAGAUGAAGGAGUAGCAGUUCAUCAAUGGUGGGGUUAAUUAAUUAAUUGCUUUUUUGGAGAAGUCAUUAAUUUAUUAUUGCAUGAAAUUCUCGUCAAAUUGUACCUUAUCAUCACAACCUAUUAAAAAUGCUCAUUAGAGACCAUGCAUUUUUUAUAUAUAGACCUUGUGCUCAUACAUAUAUUAUUUUAUUCAGCACGAUUUAGUACAAGUGUUGAAUUGUAUUUGGUGUUUGAGAGAGGGUAAUCUGGAUAUGGAGACAAAGACUUGCCAAGUUUAAAGGCUUGAGAGAGUUAGAGAGAUGGGAGUGUGGAUCUAGAUGGCCAUAAUUGGAGCAAAAAAAAUUAAAGCCAAUGAUAUGAUCUAUAUUUCUUCUUGUUUUUUCAUUCUUUUAUUUUGCGGCUUUGUGUAUUAUUUCUACCUUUUCUAUUUUGAAAAGGGUUACACAAAACUUGAGCAUCUUCUUUUGUAUCCAAUGGAAUUUAUAGUAAGUUAUACAAAUACUGAAUAUAAUGUUUUAUUUUUAUGGCUU